CCCCCACUUCCGGGAGCACUUCCGGCCUGGGCAGCUGUAGGGCUCCUGCUGGCUCGCCCCACUUCCGUCCGGUCUGCCUCACAAGGAGGAAUUGCAGGCCAAAAGCAGCUGGGGGAUGUCGCCCGAAGCCGUGGCUCUUCCUGGGGUUUAGGCGCCUGUGCACAGGAAUCCUACCACAGACUGUGUCUUAAAGAAACUGCUACAGUAGAAAAUGUUUAGAAGCAAGAAUGGGAUUCUUCGCAUCUGGCCCUUCUGUUACAAGAAAGAAGCGGGAUCACAGCACCGAGAACACAUUCAGCGCUCGCUGCAUGAACUACAUCCAGGAUGGGCUGCAAUGGCCAAAACACAGCUAAAAGGGAAGGACCCAGGGGAGUUGAUGUGGCACACUCCAGAGGGAAUUUCCAUUAAACCUCUUUAUUCAGCAAGAGACACAAAAGACCUUCCUGAGGAAUUACCUGGACUAAAGCCCUUCACUCGUGGUCCUUACCCUACCAUGUAUACCUAUAGGCCUUGGACCAUCCGCCAAUAUGCUGGCUUCAGUACUGUGGAGGAAAGUAACAAAUUCUACAAGGACAACAUCAGGGCUGGCCAGCAAGGUUUAUCAGUUGCUUUUGAUCUGGCAACUCAUCGUGGUUAUGAUUCAGACAACCCUCGAGUACGUGGUGAUGUUGGAAUGGCUGGAGUUGCCAUUGAUACCGUUGAAGACACUAAGAUACUUUUUGAUGGAAUUCCUUUGGAGAAAAUGUCUGUUUCAAUGACAAUGAACGGGGCAGUAAUUCCCAUUUUAGCUAAUUUCAUUGUUGCUGGGGAAGAACAAGGAGUACCUCAAUCCAAGCUGACAGGGACGAUACAGAAUGAUAUACUGAAGGAAUUCAUGGUUCGAAAUACAUACAUUUUCCCACCAGAACCAUCCAUGAGGAUAAUUGCUGAUAUCUUCCAAUAUACAUCAAAGCACAUGCCCAAAUUUAAUUCGAUUUCUAUCAGUGGAUACCAUAUGCAGGAGGCUGGAGCUGAUGCUAUUUUGGAAUUAGCUUAUACUGUGGCUGAUGGCUUGGAGUACUGUAGAACUGGACUUCAGGCUGGUCUCACCAUUGAUGAGUUUGCACCAAGGUUAUCAUUCUUUUGGGGAAUUGGUAUGAACUUCUACAUGGAAAUAGCUAAGCUGAGAGCUGGGAGGCGCCUCUGGGCUCACUUAAUAGAGAGAAUGUUUCAGCCCAAGGACAGCAAAUCGCUUCUCCUCAGAGCUCAUUGUCAGACUUCUGGAUGGUCAUUGACUGAGCAGGAUCCUUAUAAUAAUAUUAUCCGCACAGCAAUUGAGGCAAUGGCUGCUGUAUUUGGAGGCACUCAGUCCUUGCAUACAAAUUCCUUUGAUGAAGCUUUGGGAUUACCAACUGUGAAAAGUGCUCGAAUUGCCAGGAAUACCCAAAUUAUAAUACAAGAAGAAUCUGGCAUUCCUAAAGUUGCAGAUCCAUGGGGUGGUUCAUUUCUAAUGGAAUCUCUCACCAAUGAUGUAUAUGAAGCUGCAUUAAAGCUCAUUGAUGAGAUUGAAGAAAUGGGUGGAAUGGCCAAAGCUGUAGCUGAAGGAAUACCAAAACUUCGCAUUGAAGAGUGUGCUGCUCGAAGGCAAGCCAGGAUUGAUUCUGGUUCUGAAGUAAUUGUUGGAGUAAAUAAGUACCAGUUAGAAAAAGAAGAGACCGUUGAAGUUUUAGCAAUUGAUAACACUUCAGUUCGCAACAAACAAAUUGAGAAACUGAAAAGGGUGAAAGCUAGUAGAGAUGAAGCAGCAGCCCAGAGUUGUCUUGCCGCCCUGACAGAUUGUGCAGCCACCAGCCAAGGCAACCUGCUGGCCCUAGCAGUAGAAGCAGCACGUGCCAGAUGUACAGUUGGUGAAAUAACAAAUGCAAUGAAAAAGGUAUUUGGUGAGCAUAGAGCUAGUGAUCGCAUGGUGAGUGGUGCUUACCGUCAGGAAUUUGGGGAGAGUGAUGAAAUUGUUCGAGUAAUUAAUAGAGUCAACACAUUUAUGGAAUGUGAAGGUCGUAGACCACGUCUUCUUGUUGCUAAAAUGGGGCAGGAUGGCCACGACAGAGGAGCCAAAGUGAUUGCUACGGGAUUUGCAGAUCUUGGAUUUGAUGUUGAUAUAAGUCCACUGUUCCAGACACCUCAUGAAGUGGCCCAGCAGGCUGUAGAUGCUGAUGUGCAUUGUGUUGGUGUGAGUACUCUAGCUGCUGGUCACAAAACACUUGUUCCAGAACUCAUCAAAGAGCUGAGUGCCCUCGGCCGCCCAGAUAUACUGGUCAUGUGUGGAGGUGUCAUCCCACCUCAGGAUUAUGACUUCCUGUAUGAUUCUGGUGUCUCCAAUAUAUUUGGCCCAGGAACUCGAAUACCAAAGGCAGCUCUCCAAGUUCUUGAUGAUAUCGAGAAAUGCCUGAAUAAGAGGCAACAAUUGUUGUAAUGUCUUGAUACUUAAUGUCUCAUGGACAUUUAACCCAACAUGAACUGCAAGAUGUAUAAUAAAAAUCAGUGUAAAAAAUGCCUCUGUUUUAUUAAGAUUAAAGGAUGAUUUCUGUUC